ACGACAGUAUUGAAAUAAUUGUCGUGGGAGAAACAUACAUCUAACAAAGUAUAAGUUUGUAAAUCGGAAAUAUAAGCCGGAAUACAUCAUGAAAGUAUUCACAGCUAUAAUACCACUUCUGCUGAUAGCAGUGACAUCGGCUAAUCCAACAUUUCGAAUCGAAGAUGGCGUACUCGAUGCGAGAUGUCCGGCAGCUGAUAACGCGUUCAAUCCUACCCAUCUACCGCACAGCACCGACUGUAGCAAGUUCCUGAAAUGUUUCAAUGGACGCGCCUAUACGAUCGAUUGUCCCCCGGGUCAGGAAUUCGGAGCCCAGAUCCAUCGUUGUGAUUUCCCCUCGUUUGCACAGUGUAAACGUGUACUGGCUGAACCGGAUCCAGCCCAGUUUGUGAUGACGAAUGGUGUAGUCGAUACUAGAUGUCCAAAAAACGACAACCCCAUGAAUCCAACUCACCUUUCACACCCAGCUAGUUGUCGGAAGUUCAUGAAAUGCUUCAGCGGUAUGAGCUUUGAACUGGAUUGUCCACCUGGACAGGAAUGGGCCAACCACUUGAAUCGAUGCGAUUUUCCAUCCAUUGCAAUGUGUUCAAUCAGCAGACCUUACGUUCCAGAGGAAGAGGAUGAGGAAGAAAAUCACGAACAAACAGUUGAAGAACAAGUCAUCGACGAAUCCCAAAUGGAAGUGGAAGCUAUGCCAGUGAAAGCUGAGUUCGUUUAUAGCUCUGGUAUUCCAGAUACUCGUUGCCCUCGAAAUGACGAUCCUUUCCGGCCGGUCCAUCUACCACAUGCCACCGAUUGCAGCAAGUUCCAUAAAUGUUUCGACGGACGAGCUUAUCCUCUGGAUUGUCCACCAGGCCAGGAGUUUGGAGCUCGUUUGAAUCGGUGUGAUUUUCCACAAUUCGCACAGUGCUCCUUGCCUAGGGCCGCCAAUAGUAUAUCGAAAAAACUAGCAAAGGCAGCCGUCGACGAUUACUAUUGGAAUUACGACGACGAUGAUGAUAGCAUCCCUGCGGAUUCCAGCGAGUGGACCGAAGAGCAAAAAGAAAUUAUUGCCGGUGUGGUCGAUAUCCGUUGCCCGAAAGAAGAUGAUCCAGAUUUCCCGAUUCAUCUUACGCAUCCGAAAGAUUGCAACAGAUUCUACAAAUGUUACAAUGGUCGCGCAUAUUUGAUCAUGUGUCCAAAGGAUCAGCACUGGAGCAUAAGGUACGAUCGCUGUGAUCAUCCGAACGUGGCCAAGUGUACAGUUCGAAUGUAGUCGAUACGCCAAAAUAUUAGAGAUAAUUCGGUUUAUGGGAUUAGCUGGUUAAGUUUAUGGUGCAGGGAUUCUAACUUAUUUUUAGCGGCAAGAAGAAAUAAAAUCGGCAUCACAACCAG